AUGUCAACCGAACACUCAAAGAUAAAUAACAGAAAAGAAAAGAUCCCAUUGUUGGAUGGUUUUCACACGGCACAAAACAUAUCGUUUUACAGUUUCGCACUCGGCACCUUGUUUGGAAUCGCUGUUACCGUGGCAUUUUAUUCGGACCUGAUACCUCAGCUGGGAAUCUUCUUGGCAGCAGUAGCAAUAUUUCACGAAUUUGAAUACAUAUUAACCGCCUUAUUCAAUGCUGACAAGUUGUCACUGGAUUCGUUCUUAUUGAACAACGGUCAACCAUACAAAACCGCCCACGCGGUUAGCAUGUGUGAAUUCCUGAUAGAAUUGUAUCUCUUUCCUUCCAUGAAGAACACUAAUUUUGCCCGCUACUUAGGACUUGUGAUAUUGAUAAUAGGUCAGAUCGCUCGAAGUUUGGCCAUGUGGCACGCAAAACAUAAUUUUUCCCACCAAAUUGCGGUUCACAAACGUGAAGAGCAUGUACUUGUGAAAACCGGUGUUUACGCAUAUAUGAGACAUCCAUCGUACUUUGGUUUCUUUUGGUGGGUGAUUGGAAUGCAGGUCUUACUUUUCAAUCCAAUUUGCCUGGUUGUGUUUCCCGUAGUUCUCUAUAGAUUCUUCAGUAAUCGUAUUAGAGAAGAAGAACCUUUGUUAGUAGAAUUCUUUGGCGAGGAAUACGAAGAAUACAGGAAGAAAACGCCUACCCUAAUCCCUUUCAUUCGUUGA